AUGUGCAAGAAGUUUACUGAGAUUAUGACAAGUAAAUUCCAGAUGUCAAUGAUGGGAGAAAUGAGUUUCUUUCUGGGAUUACAAGUCAAGCAAACCAAGGAAGGCAUACUGAUCAAUCAGUCUAAGUAUGCCAAGGAACUGAUCAACAAGUUUGAAGUUCAACACAUGAAGACCGUGAAGAUUCCCAUGAACACCAACUGGAAACUCGAUCCAGAAAAAGUGGAAAAAUCUGUUUCACCAACAAAGUACAGAGAAAUCAUUGGAUCACUGAUUUACCUGACUGCAAGCAGACCAGACAUUGCCUUCGCAGUUGGAGUCUGCGCGAGAUAUCAGUCAGAUCCUAAGGAAGCUCACAUAGACGCAACAAAACGCAUGCUCAGAUACAUCAAAGGCACACCCAACAUAGGCCUUUGGUAUCCAGCCAAUGAUGACUUCAAGCUAAUAGGAUACACUGAUUUAGACUUCGCUCGAUGUGCUAUCGACAGAAAAUCCACUUUCGAAACUUGCCAGUUUCUUGGCAGUAAGCUGAUCUCAUGGUUCUGA